GGGGGUUGUUUCAGAAGCUCAUGUUGCGACACCGCUCGGCGGGUGGGAGCCGGAGUUCCGCUGGGGUUGCUGCUGCUGGGGCGGAGCUGGCUGGCGAUGGUGCUGGGGGGGCUGCUGAGGCCACGGCAGCAGCAGGAGCACCAGCAGCAGGGGCAUGGGCAGCUAGUGGGCAGCCAGUGUAUGGGGGUAACAGCAUCCACGGCAGUGCAGGUGGGGCCGAAGCCGCUACUGCUACUGCUACUGCUGCUGCCACUGCCACUGCUACCCAAAUCAGCAUCAGCAGCAAUACCGGCGGCGGCACUGUUGGAAGCGGUGCCGCCCCCGCACCCGCCUCCAACCCCAACCAAUCCAACCACAGUCGCCACCCGCCCGCCCCCACCACCCUCGCUCGCAUGCCUCCCUGCAUCACCCCCGCCCCUCCCGCCCCGGGUCUGGGCCCGCUGCCGGCUCCCGAGGGCGCGCUGCUGAUCAUCGCGCAUGACACGCCGCAGGGUUGUGUGCACAUACUGGGGGACCUGCCCCUGCCACCCCCCUCACACCAGCCCCCGCAACAGUCGCACCAACAACACCAGCAACAACACCAACAGCAGCAGCAGCCGGGUGGCAGCGGUGGUGUGGGACGGGACCGCAGCGCACGUAACAACGGUCGUGGAGGUGCGGGUGGCGGAGCUAGUGCUGCUGCUCCUGCUGGUGGUGCUGCUGGUGCAGCUGGCAGUGGUGCUGGAGGUGGCAGCAGUGGUGCUGGGUUGCGGUCCGCUGCGCUGGCUGCGGUGUGGCGGGCGGUGGCGGCUUGUCGGGUGCGUUUCGGGGUGCACAUGGUGGCAGUGGCGGCGCCGCCAAAACACGCACGUCUUGCCAUGACGCUGGAGCAGAUCGAGCAGCUCUCCGCGGCUCGCAGCCAGCGCGAGGGCGGUCAGCGGCUGGGCAGCGCCGACUCCUCGCCCUGGCAGUACCACCCCGAGCUAGCGGCGCUGGCGGCGGUGCACACGCUGUCACUGCGGCUGCCGGGGCUGUGGUACUGCUAUGGAGGAGGGGGCGGAGGAGGAGGAGCGGGAACUGGAG